CUAGAGAUGGAGCUUUCUCUCAACUUGUUAAGGAAAGUUAAGAGAUGGUUAUUCUAGUCUAAGUAGGGGGGUAACACAAAAUCCUGGUCCUUGUAGAAAGCAUUUUUGCUGGACUGGUGUAUUUUGUUUUAGCUUGCGUAAUCCUCGAAACCGCAAGUGUUGAACAGCCAAUCAGUCCGUUAGGAGUGUCUCCAUCUCCGUUAUUAGAGCCGGUGAGAUGUUAAAGUGAUGUCAGAUUGUUAGGAGACAUCGACAGCGAUGGAUCUUCUUCCUCUUCUUCCUCUUCUGUGUCUCUGCCUCCUGACUUGCUCUGGAGUCACGUCUGCUCAACAAAACCAACCACCAGUGAACGUGGAAGAAGACAGUGAUGUUGUGUUACCCUGCUCUCUCAGCACCAAGGAGGACAUAGAGUUUAAACUCUUUGUCUGGAGGAAAGUUCCUCAGAAAUAUGAAGGUUGGAAGGAGGUAUUCCAGUAUAACGCAGGCAUUCAUUACAACAAAGGUCGAGGUGGUCAGAGUGAAGAGUUCAAAGGUCGAGUCUCUCAUUUUCAAGAUGAACUGAAACACGGCGACGCCUCCAUAACCAUCAGAAAUACAAAGAUGGCCGAUAGUGGAGAAUACAGCUGUUACUUUCCAAAUCUUCAAACACCUCAAACUUUCUACAUUAAGCUUGUUGUUGGUGAGCCGUCAAAGGUCAUUAAAGUGGAAGAAGACAGUGAUGUUGUGUUACCCUGCGCUCUCAGCACCAAGGAGAACAUUACGUCUGGACUCUUUGACUGGAAGAAAGAUCCUCAGAGAUAUGAAGGUCAGAAGGAGGUGUUCAUGUAUGUAGAAGGCAUUCACUACAACAACGGUCUAGGUGGUCAGACUGAAGAGUUCAAAGGUCGAGUCUCUCAUUUUCAAGAUGAACUGAAACACGGCAACGCCUCCAUAACCAUCAGAAAUACAAAGAUGGCCGACAGCGGAGUCUACAGCUGUUAUUUUCCUCGUCUUCAAACACCUCAAAUAUUCUACAUUAAGCUUGAUGUUGUUGGUCGUGUUUUAAAAGACCGAUCAGGGGAAAACAUCCCAGGUGCGGCGCCAAAACCAUUUGUCGCUAUACUUGAUCAAACAAAGGACCGGUCUCUGCUGCAGUGUGACGUUCACGGUGAUCCAGAACCUGAAGUAGAGUGGCGGGACAGUGCUGGAAACAAACUUCCUGCAGAGACCCAGGUCGAACCAAUAAGAAACCUUUUCUACGUCACUCUCAGAACUACUGUGACCCAGACCGACCGCUAUCGCUGUGUGGCAACACAGAAGACCAUCAGCCAUCAGGUUUCUAAUGAGAUCUCUGUCAUCACUUGGCUCUCCCCUGGAUGGAUUAUUCUUAUAGUUGUUGCUGUUGUUGUUGCUGUUGUUGCUGUUGUUAAUGUUGUUGUUGUUAUAGCUGUAGCGGUGUUUGUAAAAAUGGGCUACAUCACAUUAUAUCGUAUAAAAGGACCCUCCCUUGGAUGGAUUAUUUUAAUAGUUGUUCUUACUCCUGUUGCUGGUGUUCUUGCUCUAAUGAUGCUUGUAUACAAGGGCUACAUCAUAUUAGAUCAAAAGAAAAAAUUCAUCAAAGUGAAAGAAGGCCGUGAUGUUACUUUACCCUGUUCCCUCAGCACCAAGGAGGACCUUACGUCAAAGCGGUUUAUCUGGAGGAAACGUCCGGAGGAGAGAGGUGAAUGGCCAACCGUGUUCCUGUAUGAAGGUCAGAGGAAAGAGGUUGAAGGUCAAGACAAACACUUCCAAGGUCGAGUCGAAUAUUUUCCAGAAGAACUGAAACAAGGCAACGUCUCCAUAAAGAUCAAAAAGACAACGAAGGCUGACAGUGGAUACUACGUCUGUGAUCAUCUAGAUCUUCAGAAUCCUCAAUUGUUCAUCGUUCAGCUUGUUGUAGUUGAUGCUUCAACUCAGAAGAAGAAGAAACAUGAUUCAAUAAUCUAAUGGAACGUCGUUCACUAAUGAUGACAUGAGGCUUUGAUAACGUCUGUGUUGCUGGAAACAUUGAUUUAGUUUCCAGUUAUUUUCUGCUUGUUCUAUCCCAGUUAGGCUGGUUGAUGUGGUCUUCAGUUCUAGUUGAUUGUGGACCUGUUGGUAAGACUGGUCCAGGAUUCCUGAUCCAGAGGUGUGUAGAGCAGAGAGGACCAGCUCAACAUGAUGAUGCUCUUAGAAGUCUUUAUUUUAGAUUCACACCAAAUCACAAAGUUAGCUGUGAUGGUGUGAAGUGUGACAUAUAUUGUGUAAAAAGGUCACUUCAUGUAAUGUUUUAGUUAUUUUAUAGUGUUUUAGUCCAGCUGUUUGCUCUUUAGA